AUGCUUGCUUCUCUCUGUAGAAAAUGGACCAGACUGUCAACGGGAAACUUAAAACCGACCUGGAAACUGGUCAACGGAGACGCAAGUAGCACCAGCAGAAGAAGAACCGCGAGAGGAGUAAGCAGCGGAGCGGAAACGAUAGCCAAAGAGAGAGUCGACACCGUCGUGAUCGGCGCCGGAGUCGUUGGUUUAGCGGUGGCGCGUGAGCUCAGUCUCCGCGGCAGAGAAGUGCUGAUCCUCGACUCCGCCUCAACUUUCGGCACCGUAACGAGCUCCCGCAACAGCGAGGUCGUCCACGCCGGAAUCUAUUACCCACCAAACUCUCUCAAGGCCAAGUUCUGUGGGAGAGGAAGGGAAUUGCUGUAUAGGUAUUGCUCAGAGCAUGAAAUCCCUCACAAGAAGACUGGUAAGCUCGUCGUCGCCACUGGAUCCUCCGAGAUACCGAAACUGGAUCUGCUGAUGCAUCUCGGGACUCAAAAUGGAGUCUCGGGUCUAAGGAUGUUGGAAGGUUUCGAAGCGAUGAGAAUGGAGCCUGAGCUUCGAUGUGUGAAGGCGUUGCUAUCUCCUGAAUCUGGCAUUCUCGAUACACAUUCCUUCAUGCUCUCUCUAGUGGGAGAAGCAGAGAACGGUCACGCAACGUUCUCGUACAAUACAGUGGUUUUAAGCGGUCGUGUUGAAGAGAAGAAGAUGCAUUUGUUUGUUGCUGAAACGAGAUCGUUUGAUGAGGGAGAAGAGGCAGAGCUUGAGCUUAUCCCUGAUCUCGUUGUUAACGCUGCGGGGUUAGGUGCUCAAGCUAUAGCAAAGAGAUUCUGUGGGUUUGAUCAACGUUUUGUUCCUUCGUCUCACUAUGCUCGUGGAUGCUACUUCACGCUGUCAGGCACAAAGUCUCCUCCUUUCAACAAUCUUGUGUAUCCUAUACCUGAGGAAGGAGGUCUCGGUGUCCAUGUCACGUUAGAUUUGAAUGGACUUGUCAAGUUUGGUCCUGAUGUGGAGUGGAUUGAAUGCACAGAUGAUCAAUCAAGCUUCCUCAACAAGUUUGAUUAUCGUGUAAACCCGCAACGAGCGGAUAAAUUCUACCCGGAGAUCAGAAAGUACUAUCCGGGUCUCAAAGAUGGAUCAUUGGUACCCGGUUAUUCAGGCAUCCGUCCUAAGCUUUAUGGACCAAAGCAGCCUCAAGUAGAUUUUGUCAUACAGGGAGAGGAGACUCAUGGAGUCCCUGGUCUUGUUAAUCUCUUUGGCAUCGAGUCACCUGGGUUAACUUCAAGCUUGGCUAUUGCAGAACAUAUAGCAAACAAGUUCUUGAAAUGA